AUGUCUUACCGCCGCUCUGCUCUCUAUCGUUUCCGUGGCGUCCUCGUGCUGGUUGUCUUCUUCGUCAGCAUCUUCUACCUGACCUCGCACCACCAUGGCCGUGCCGCGCAGUCCGACUUCCCGUCCAUCAUCAACUGGAUGAAGGACGGCGGCUAUGAGAUCCUGCUGCCCACCCAGCAGGACGUCAAGCGCCGGGCAGCCUCUGCCGCCGCGCCCACCGCAGCAACCGGCUCCGAUGCCAAGGACUCGCAGCCCACGGCCGAGGCCCUGGAGCCGCCCUCCCGCGCCGGCGAGGCCGCCUUUUUCCUGGACGAGCCGAGCCCGCACCAGAAGCCCAUGGACCCCCUCGAGCGCGAGUUCUUCUCGUGGAGGAACGACGAGUACGAGAUGAAGAAGAAGCCGCCGCCCAAGCCGCCGCGCCAGUCCGCCGCGCCGAUCCCGGACCCGUUCCCCUUGCUGUCGCAGAACCCGCCCGCCGACGUCGUCCGCGAGCUGCAGGCCAGGGUGCCCGCCAUCAACCGCCCGCCGCGGCCCCAUGUCCCCGAGGACACGCCGCUCCUCAUCGGCUUCACGCGCAACUGGCCGCAGCUGCUGCAGUGUGUCUCGAGCUACAUCACCGCCGGCUGGCCCCCCGAGGACAUCUACGUCGUCGAGAACACGGGCGUCAUGUACGCGAACCGCGACAACCUCCUCUCGCUCCAGAACCCCUUCUACCUGAACCACACCCAGCUCGCCAUGCUGGGCGUCAAUGUCAUCGUCACCCCGACCCUGUUCACCUUUGCCCAGCUCCAGAACUUCUACGCCUGGACAGCCCUCGAGCGCAACUGGACCGACUUCUUCUGGUACCAGGACGUCGUGGCCUUCUCGUUCGAGAAGGAGUUCCGCCCUCACUCCGAUAGCCCCAAGGACGUGGCCAACUACUCCCUUUACUCGAGGGCUGUCGCCAUCAUGCGCUAUCUGCACCAGCCGGGCAUCCCCAAGUGGGCCCACCACUUCUUUGCCUACGACCACCUGACGCUGGUCCAUCGGGACGCCAUCCUGGAUGUCGGCGGCUGGGAUACUCACAUCCCGUUUUACGCCACCGACUGUGACAUGUACGAUCGCCUCCAGUGGGCAGGCUACUUCCAAGGCUCGACACAGAUCGGCAUCAUCAUCGACACCUCGACGACGCUCGAUAAUGUAGCCGCCUUCUUCCGGAUACCCGGCAUGCACGCAACGUUCGCCGGCGACCCGGGCCCCGCUGACGCACAGGAAAACGAGGAGGAAAAGGCCAAGGACCAGUCGACACCCGAGGCGCGGGAGGCGGAUGCCAAGGAGAUCGAGCGCAAGAGGCUGGUCGACGAGCAGGGCGAGACCAUCGAGCAGCUGGUCGAUAUAGCCUACCGGAUGCAAGCCAUCAAGUACAUCGACGGCGGCUGGUGGCGCAACAUGUGGCAGCUCCGGCAGGGCGGCGGCGAGGGCGAGCCGUUCUACAGGGAUCCCGAAGGCUUCCAGGUCGGCCUGGACAUGAUGAUCGAGACGGGCAGGCGCGUCUUCUCCGAGAAGUACGGCCACCGCGGAUGCGACAUUGCCUUCAUGGGGAUCAAAGCCGAGGACGCAUGGAGAAUAGAGAGGGACUGGGACCCCAUGUCGGAGGGCUCUGGCAGCGAUGGACCGUACUGGUGA